UUUCAUAUGAGUCUCUUUAAAAUUCCAUGCUAACAUACUCGUUUGCUAGCACCCACAGAAGACGGUCUACAAUCAAAAGCUGAUUUUAUGCAGUUUGUGCAGCUGUACCACGCAGAUACGUGUGAGAAUAGAUGGAUAAUUUAUUUCAGUAAAAUGCUAGCUAGUUAAUAUCGGUGGUGGGCUUGACUUGAAUCCUUGAAAUUGGAAGGGUUAUCAAGUAUAAACUAGUUAGCAAACAGUAUUUUUCUCGUGUUUUGUUAACAACUAGAUAGCUAGUUACAUGAGUUGUGUUAUUAAAAUGUCUAAAGUUGCUUCGAAUUCAAUGAUAAGCGGGUAGCCGUUUACACCUUGUUGCGGUGAUGUUAAAAUUGACCAGUCUUUACAGCAUCGCACGCAGGGCUGUCUGCAUUGGUACCGGAGAGAUGGCCAAAGGGAAAUUCUUCUACGCCGUGAGAAAAGGUGUCAAGCCCGGUGUUUACAGUACCUGGGAUGAAUGCAAAAGCCAAGUUGACAAGUUCCCUUCUGCAAGUUACAAGAAGUUUGCUUCGGAGGAAGACGCCUGGGGUUUUGUACGGAGCCAGCCAGGGGCGAUACCAUCGGCUUCUGCUGCAGGAAAUGGUGACUCCUUGCCAGAGGCCCCUAAAAUUGCGCCUGAAGCUAUUUCUGCAGUUCCGAUUGGAGCCAAGCGGCCCCAUGGGGAGCCAGAUGAAGUGGACCAUGGCAAGCGAUUCAAAUGCACAGAGGGAGAGUUGCAGAAGGUCUGCUCAGCACCACCCAGCAGUGAUGGCUUUACCUACAUGGGCGAAGCUGUGGUGGUGUACACGGACGGUUGCUGUUCCGGUAACGGGAAGCACGGCGCCCGUGCUGGCAUCGGAGUUUACUGGGGACCAGAUCACCCGAUGAAUGUUUGUGAUAGGCUGCACGGAAGACAAACCAACCAGAGAGCAGAAUUGCAGGCUGCAUGUAAAGCUCUGGAACAAGCCAGAGAUAAAAACAUUAAGAAGCUUGUGCUCUACACAGAUAGCAAGUUUACAAUCAAUGGGAUCACAAGUUGGGUGAAGAACUGGAAAGCUAACGGCUGGAGACUGAAGUCUGGUGGGGCGGUCAUCAACAGAGAGGAUUUUGAAAAACUUGAUAAUUUAAAUCAAGACUUGGAUGUCGUAUGGCUUCACAUCCCCGGCCACGCCGGUUAUAAAGGGAACGAGGAGGCGGACCGGCUGUCGAGAGAGGGAGCGUCAAAGCCAUUAAACUAGCCCGGAGGAAAUGGAUGUGCUCCCACGCCUGCCGCGCUGACGCGAUGACCUAAAAUAAGGCGGUCGUUAUCCGCCCGUCGUCAAAGAGGGAAAGGCGCAGCAGCCUCUGUUGCUUCUGGUAAUUUGCAUAUAAACAAAAGUGGAGCGUCAGUGGUUUCUACGCAUACUGUAGCAAGCUCGCAACUGCGGGAAACCAGGGUUAGAACUGAUCUGCGAGGCGCUUCCAUCCUACGUUUUGUCUUUGGGUUCUUCACAAAAUGUGAAUGACCCUCCACUCCACCCUGUUCAGAAGUGGAGUAAAAUGCUGAUUUACCUGUUUAGCCUGGUUUUGCUUUCAUCUUUGCUCGUCACCAGGAAUUUUUUCGGAGUUUACUUUGGCCUUAUACCAAACCUAUUAUGCAUUAUUAUGCAUUCAUGGUGUGGUGGAAGGGUGGGUCUGAACGGUGUCUAAGAGUGCCUGUGUUUUUUAAUUGUUAAUUGUAUAAAGUUUAGAGGUUGAUCAGUUUGUUUUAAAAUGUUGUGAAUCCUAACAUUGGUGGUUAGCUAAAGGGUGAAGCACUUACGAGCCCUUUUUGCGGUAUUGUUUUCUUUGUUUGCUAUUAAAAUGGAAUAUU